GCGCUCCCGGAUUUCGUGGUGUUCCGGACGGAGAAGCGUGGCGUCAGAUAAAUGGCUCGUUUAAACUGGGAGCUGCCCGCGUGUUGUCUGGCUGGCAGAUGCAGUGCCUAGUGUCGGGCCACCAAGACAACGCCAACAUGAACGGAACCGCAGAGCAGGCCGACAUCCUGCCGCCAAACUGCAUGGUCAAAGACCGGUGGAAAGUGCUGAAGAAAAUUGGUGGGGGCGGAUUUGGGGAGAUCUACGAGGCGCUGGAUAUUCUGACCCGGGAGAAUGUGGCGCUCAAGGUGGAGUCAGCCCAGCAGCCCAAACAGGUUCUGAAGAUGGAGGUGGCGGUUCUGAAGAAGCUACAGGGUAAAAACCAUGUUUGUAAGUUUAUUGGCUGUGGAAGAAAUGACAAGUUCAACUACGUGGUCAUGCAGCUGCAGGGUCGUAACCUGGCGGAUUUAAGGCGUAGUCAGCCCAGAGGUACCUUCACCAUGAGCACCACCCUCCGUCUGGGGAAGCAGAUUCUGGAAUCCAUUGAAGCCAUUCACUCCGUGGGCUUCCUGCACCGAGACGUCAAACCGUCUAACUUUGCUAUGGGACGACUUCCCUCCACGUACAGGAAGUGCUACAUGCUGGACUUUGGUCUUGCCCGGCAGUACACCAACACCACGGGAGAGGUCCGACCGCCGAGGACGGUGGCGGGUUUUCGAGGGACUGUCCGCUAUGCAUCGGUCAAUGCUCACAAAAACAAGGAAAUGGGUCGGCAUGAUGACUUGUGGUCGCUGUUCUACAUGUUGGUGGAGUUUGCUGUCGGACAGCUGCCAUGGCGGAAGAUCAAGGAUAAGGAACAAGUGGGUCAAAUUAAAGAACGCUACGACCAUCACAUGCUGCUUAAACACAUGCCUUCAGAGUUCCACGUCUUCCUGGACCAUGUCCUGACUCUGGACUACUACACCAAACCAGACUACCAGCUGCUGAUGUCGGUGUUUGAGAACAGCAUGAAGGAGAGAAUAAUAACGGAGAACGAGCCCUUCGACUGGGAGAAAGGAGGAAGUGACGCCACGCUGUCCACCAGCGCCUCUACUCAGCCACAGCACAACACCCGUCCCACUGCUGCCAUGCUGGGAGCCAUGGUGACCCCAGUACCAGGGGACCUGCAGCGAGAGAACACAGAUGAUGUUCUCCAGGACGAACACCUCAGCGACCAGGAGAAUGCCCCCCCAGUCCCCCUCAUCCGACCCGCCACCGAGCAGAACAACCAGCAAGCCGGGGAGGGAGGGGAAGGUUGGGAAGACACCGACUUCAACCGCAACAAACUCCGCAUCAGCCUCAGCAAGGGGGGUCAGGAGGAGGAAGCAAGUCGAGGGGCUUGUCCCGUGUCACCGGGUCGUGUUGCUGCUCCAGAGUCCCCCGGUGGUCAGGUCCUGUCCCUGCGGUACCGUCGGGUCAACAGCCCAGAAUCCGAGCGGCUGUCGGCUGCCGAGGGCCGGGGUGAUGGAUAUGGACAGAGGUCACGAAUGGACAUGCUGGGCUCUCCAUCACGUCACGUGUACUCCUCCCAGCCAGCCCAAAUGCUAUCGGUUGACCCUGGUUGCCGUGGUGAGCGUCAGGUGAGUGGCCGUCAGGAGGGCUCGGUGGCCUCAAUGGACCAGGAGGCGCACAGCAACGCCUUCAUCCGCUCCGUCCCACUGGCUGAGGAGGAGGACUUUGACAGCAAGGAGUGGGUGAUCAUUGAUAAGGAGGCGGAGCUGCGUGACUUCCAGCCAACCACGUCUGGCACCACGGACGAAGAGCCGGAAGAGCUUCGCCCACUGGAGGAACAGGAAGAGAGGAGGAGGCUGAGAGCUGCAGGCGGGGAGUUGGUGGUUCGUCCGAAGACCCACACCAGAGACAGCAGCAGAGGAAUGCUGACUCUAACGGAGGAGGACCCGUCAAAACGCAGCAUUGGAAGCCCCGCCCAGUCACCCUGUCACUCACUCCCUCUAGGACGCCCCCGACGCCGAGAGUCAGAGCCCACUGGACCCCAAAGACCGGCGGCGUCGCCCCCAGAGCAGAGCGGCCCAUCUCUUACGUCCCCGGACUACCGUCUCAAGAGCCAGAGCGAUGAGAGGGAGCACUUCCACAUCCUGCCGCAGCUCCAUGCCCAGAGAGCUGACUUCUUGACCGUCAUGUUGACUGGCACACUUCCUCAACGACGAAGCUUCGCCACUCUGCCAGCAGAAAAUGAUAUACUAGAAGUUCCUGGUCCGAGGGACGAUGACGUCACCAAGAGUGAAUCCAACAGUCAAGCCAGUCAGAAGAGCACUGAGCACAGCCAGGAUGCAGCACCAUCCACCCUCAUGGCAGAGGAUCAAAGAGGACAGAGGGAGCCUGCCUCGGCCGGCGAUGCAGAUCCCGACCUGGAAGAUGCUUCCAAGACCCUGGUCCUCUUCUCUCCCGGAGACACCCGCAAGUCCCCCUCUGGGGUUGCAGAGGGGGAGUUAGCCACACCAUCUGCCCUGACCCCCCGCAAUGAGCGGUUCCCACUGGGGGAGGCUGUCCAACCCGAUCACCCUGAAACUGGCAGGUUGUCCCCGGCUUUGAGGUUUGAUCUGAGGCCAGCCACCCCUAUCGCUCCAGCCUCCCCGCCCUUCACCAAAGUUGAGCGUACCUUCAUCCACAUCGCAGAGACAACACAUCUCAAUGUAAUGUCUUCAAGCGGCCAGUCUGUUAAGGAGAAUGAGCGUGAAGCCUCAGCUAUCUUCAAGGAGGCGUCUAUAGAAGAGGACCCAUAUGAGAAGAUGGGGGUAAUCAGAGAGCACCAUGUAUUACUGAGUACAGCACCUCAGCUUUCAGAGGAAUCUGUGGCAGAUCAACCUCCAGAAGAGGAAGAGCAUCCAAAAGCUGAGGAUGGUCUGUCCUCUGUCUUAGCUCCGGCUUUGGAGCCCUACCUGGAAACAGUCUCACCAGCUAAAGAAUGCAGAUCUGUGUCUGAGGAGCCCAGAAAGGAGACAUUUUCCAGUGAGGAAGAACAACUGAAGCCACAGGAAGCUGGAUCAGAAGCAGAGAUGAUGAGGAUCAGGGUCAGAAGUCGCAUCCCGAUCCUCGUCUCUGAAGAGGAUUCUUGCUCAGAGCGGUCCUCUUCCACCUCCGCCCAGGCCCGGCUGCAGAAGCGAACCAGGCAGCUGGACCUGGCCCGCCUUGUGGUGGAGAAGCAGCAGGGUCGCUGGAUGAGGAGACGGCAGGUCUCUGGGACGUCGUCGUCGCUUUCGUCAGGGGACGAUGAACGGCGGAGAGCCUCUGAGACUCUAUCCACCACAGGCUCAGAGGAGGACACGCAUGCCUCGGACGAAUCCCGCCUCAAAGCCACAGAGGAGCAGAGCUCCAAGGAGUGGAGGAGCCGGAUCCCCCGGCCAGUCACCCCAGUGAAGAGACCCUCCGGCGGCCUCAGUGCAACUCCUCCCUCCCCGCUGUCCCAACCAGGUACCACGAGCAAAGGAGUGGCAGCCAUCAGUAAUGGGAUUCAGAAAGGGGGAAUGAGCAAACCUAAGCCCCUGUCAGCCAGGUCAGCUUCCUCUUCCUCCUGUCCCCGGCCCUCUGUUGGCCUCUCCCAGCUGAGUGGUAGCCCCCGGAUGCCCCUUCGGGCUAUCUUUGGAACCCGCCGGAGCCUUAGCACUACCCACUGCAGGACUGAUAGCCCCUCCCCACAGCGUGUCUGUCCAACAAGGCGGCCCCUUUCAGUGCGGACCCACACUGUUCCCUCGCUACCACCCAGAACUAUCACUCCCAUCCAGCGGAGUGCCUCCCAAGACGCUGCCAACCAGUUGUCUGCUGCAGCCACGCCUAUCACCAGACCCCGGCCCAAGCCAGCAGGUACCCCUAAGGGUAAACCAAGCAACAGGGAGAAGGUUGGGACUGCUAGAUAAUACAAACAGACUUAUCACUGGGACAGCUGUUCAUCCUUCAGACAAACUAUGCUUAAAAAGGUUCAGAGUGGACGGUGUUUACGUGCAACAAGAAGACGAUGCCGCUUUGUGAUCCAGACCAAGAUCACAAGUCAGUCACGCCAAUCUUUGUUUGAAGACUGGGUCUGACCUCCCUCUCCUCGAGAACAACUCAAAAAAGGUGAGUCCGUCCAAAAAAUGGUUGGGUCCAAUCACAGCUGUAGAGACCAAUUUAAGGUGGACACAUAUUGCUCUGAAUGAGAGCCAGGCCAGACCCAAACGCCCACACAAAUCAAUGUGACUAACUCGUGAAGUUAACGAACGAUCACCUCCUUUGAUUCAAAUCCUUUCACGUGAAUGGGACUCAGCACUCCAAGGACAGUACAUAUGGCUGUCUGCAUGGGCUUCCAAUAAAUCUGAGGGACUGUCAAGAGGAGCAAAGGUGCUGCGGUGCUAAAGAUAUGUCCACUCUUCUCCGUAGUCAGUUUCUGUUUGAACUUCGGUUUUGGGAGCCAAUCCUCUCAUCCAAAGGAAAGAACCACCACAACUUCACAAAUCGAGUCCCAGAGAUUCUCAACACACUUACGCUUAACACAACCACUGGUAUACUACUACGCCAUCCACCUUGUCAUGCUUGGUACACUUUGCAUGGUGACAAAUAUCCCAAAGACUUUGGAUCGUUAGGAAGACAACACUGACCAUUUCCAUUGGGGUACAUAUGCUACUAAGGAUCUAAAUGAGUUGGUUUAAAUGAUUGCCUAUGUAAACAUGGUAAAAUAAUCCUAUGUAAACAUGGUAAGAUAAUCCUAUAUCUAUAUCCUGUAUGUACUACAAUUUGGUCUGAGGAGAGGUGUUGGAUCUGAAGAAAAAUUAUGUGGCCAACCGUUGCUGUGAUGGUGUGACAAUGGGCAUGCUUCUAUCAUCCUGUUCUCUGGCUUUUAGCUCUUCUUUAUGCUCUAAAUUGUAUAUAAUAGAAUCAUUUCUCAUAAAAGCAUCUUUAUUUUUUAACCAUGCAAAGCAGAGUGUAAAUCUCAAGUCUUUACCCAUAUGUUCCAAUGGUUUGGCACUACGCCUGUUUUAUUACGCAUGAGAAAAACAGGGUUUUAACAUGGUGAAAAAGAUCUACCUGCCUUGGUCCUUCUGACAGUGUGAUGGUUUGCUGGUCUGUGGAGCCCAUGUUGUGAGAGUUUUUAUGGA